GGUGUUUACACAUGUCUGUGUGCUCACGUGGGGGAUCUUUCCAAUAUUAAAAUGUCUUCAAAGAAAAAUAAAAGCAAAUCUAAAAGAGUGAGUGAGGGGGACAGCUCCCUGCUACCGAACGAGGGUUCCAGUGACACCUCCAUCCUGCAGACAUCCCGCAGCGAUGGAGGAAGCUGCAAAAGUUUGAACUGCAACUCAUUCAUUGUCAACGAUUUCAUUGAUAAAGCUGAUGACAAAACACCCAAGAGUUGCAGAUCGACUUUAGUCCAACUCAGCCUGAACUCAAUGAAGUCAGCCAGUGUUUGCAUCGGGAGGCCGGUGCUGCUGACGAGUCCCACCGGACAACAAGAGGUGUGUUUAGGAUGGCCGGUUGCCACGUUUCCUAGUGGUAAAGUUGGUCUUCAGAAAUGUGCUCAGAAUAACCUCAGGGUGAAGUCAGGUGGAGAGGUGAUGCUGCACCCCAUCACAGGUCCUGUGCUUCAGGCUGUGGAGGUGGUCCUCUCCAACAGGUCAAAAGAUGAGACACUAGAGACAGAUGAGUUCAAGAACUUCUUACUGAGGUCUCUGGUUGGGAAUAUCCUCCUGCCAGGAAAUGUCGUCCCCUUGACCUACUUCGGCCGGUCAUGCAAUCUCCGGGUGGAGACCGUAAGAGGGGAUGAUGGAGUCUCCCUCCACAGACCAUCUCCCCCCUCAGGAACCCCCCCUGACCCAGAGGAGUCCUCCGUGAUGGACUCAGUGCUGGACUCCACCUCAGCCGACCUCUCCCUGCAGCUCAGCCUGCUCACUGUGGACGAUAACGGCUCUGACGGGGCCCCAAGCUCAAAUGGAGAUUCGGGUCCUGCAGCCAGCACCCCACGACGACCUGCCCACCUCUCCUCCCUCUCCUCCCCCCUCUCCCCCCCCACUGCUCCCUGCACCCCGUCCUCCCAUGAUUCUCCUGCAGAGGGGUCUUACAGUCUGGAGAGCUCACAGCAGGCUGAUAGCGUCCCCACAGCACCCCCUGGUGGAGCUCAGAGUUCGGACACCUUCUACUGCCUCUCCUGCUCCACUAAAGUCAGCUUCAGAGACAGAGCAGGGCAGGAGGACCCGGAUGCUGAAGCUCAAAGGUCAAAGGUCAAAUACUGCAUGAUUGGAGGGCUUAGCAGCCAGCUGGACGUCAUCAGAGAGACCAUCGAGCUUCCUCUGAAACAUCCAGAGUUAUUCUCCAAAUAUGGUAUCCCACCUCCCCGAGGAGUCUUACUAUACGGUCCCCCAGGCACCGGGAAGACUAUGAUUGCACGAGCCAUAGCCAAUGAGAUUGGAGCUCACAUGACGGUCAUCAACGGCCCCGAAAUUGUUAGCAAAUUUUAUGGUGAAACGGAGGCAAGGCUAAGGCAGAUAUUCACUGAGGCGUCUCAGAGACAACCUGCGAUAAUCUUCAUCGAUGAGCUGGACGCUCUGUGUCCGAAGAGAGACGGAGCGCAGAACGAGGUGGAGAAACGAGUCGUUGCUUCUCUGCUGACUCUGAUGGACGGGAUUGGUUCAGAGGGUCACUCAGGUCAGCUGAUAGUUCUGGGGGCCACAAACCGGCCCCAUGCCAUCGACCCCGCCCUGCGCCGCCCAGGACGCUUCGACAAGGAGCUGGAGGUGGGAGUUCCUACUGCUGCCGAGCGUGCAGAUAUUCUGCAGAAGCAGCUGAGCUUCGUGCCGUGCAACGCCACCAGUGAGGAGGUGACGCAGCUGGCCGACGCUGCCCACGGAUACGUAGGAGCGGACCUCGCAGCUGUUUGCAAAGAAGCAGGCAAGUAA